AUGGCCCUCAGUAUCCGGCAGAAGAGGGUGCGAAGAAUCUCCGGAGACCCAGUCGAUGGGGUUGUGGUGCAAGGCCCUGUGGAUGGUCUGGCUACUGGCACCCCACUCUAUAGUGUGGCGGUGCAAGGCACUAUAGAUGGAAGGACUACUUGUAGACCAAGGGGUUGGAGGUUUGGUACCUGGAAUGUAGGCACGUUGACAGGAAGAAGUUUGGAAGUGGUGGAGGAGCUGCAGAGGAGAAUGGUUGACGUGGCUGCAUUACAGGAGGUCAGAUGGAAGGGUGAGGGUACAAGGUUUGUGGGGGCUAAAGGUGGAAGAUAUAAGUUGUGGUGGAAGGGGGAUGAUGGUACGGGAGGAGUUGGUGUGAUGGUAAGAGAAGAGUUGUUGGAGCAGGUGUUGGAAGUGAGGCGGAGAAGCAAUGGGGUAAUUGUGGUGGUGAUGGUGUUUGGAAAAGUAAUAGUGAGGGUGAUAUCAGGAUAUGCUCCGCAACAAAGUAGGAAGGAAGAGGAGAAGGAUAGGUUUUAUGAUGAUGUUUCUGACAAAAUUGGGCAAGCGGGGUUGAAUGAGUUUGUGGUGUUGUUGGGUGAUUUGAAUGGUCAUGUGGGGGCGGAUGCAGACGGAUAUGAAGGUGUACAUGGGGGAUGGGGAUAUGGUAUACGGAAUGAGGAAGGGCGUAGAGUGUUGGAGUUAGCGGAUGCACACAGCAUGGUGGUGGGGAACACUUGGUUCACAAGGGAACCAGCGCGAUUGAUUACUUAUAGGUCAGGGGAACAUAGAUCGAUGAUCGACUAUAUAUUGGUAAGGGCCAAACAUAGGAAGUAUGUGAAGAAUGUGAAGGCGAUACCUGAGGCAAAAGGUCAGGGGAAGGCUGUCAAAUGUUCUCAGUGUGAGUACUUUGCGCAUGCAAACUGUGUUUCAAUCCCUGAAGAAGUUUGCAACCUUUUGGAUUCCAGUACCAACCUUAGAUGGUUCUGUGAUAGAUGCUCAAAUGUUUUCAACAAACUCAACACAUUGAACGAUUUGAAUGCAAAUAUAAAGUCAGAGCUUGAGAAUAUCAACGCAACAUUAGAAAGUAAUAGAGAAAAGUUAAACCAGCUUGAGAGCACUGAUGUUUUUCGUGGUGAAUUGAACAUCUUGAAGAAUGAUAUGAAAGUAUUUUUUGCAGAUAUCGUCAGUCGCGGGCUUAAAGGGCACGCUGAUGAUAUCAAGGCCGAAGUCAAAACAGUCCAGACGACAAUAAAUGAUGCUAAACAAAUCAAAGAAAGAGAAAACAAUCUAAUUAUGUUUCAUUUGCUUGAGAGCGACGGUGACCGGGUGGGCGUCAUGAAGACUCUGAAACACCUGUCUAAUAAUGUUGUUUAUGCUAACCUAGUCCAUCUAACUAGACUCGGAAAAAAACCAGACGAUCAUACCCGACCGCUGUUGUUGAAAAUGGAUAAUGUUGACAUAAAAAACAUGAUAAUUAAAAAUGUCUCUAAAUUAAAAUCGCUUGACGUCAGCCUGGGUUGCGUCGGACUCAGUCACGAUCUCUUCCCAGAGCAGAGAAAGGAACUGAGGUCAAGGAUAGAGGAAGCAAGGGCAUUAGAAGCUUUUGACAAGGGUUUUUUAUACUAUGUAAGAGGCCAGACGAAUGAUCCUUAUGCUGCUAAUUUAAAUGAUAUCUUCGAUAAUUUUCAACUCAUCAAUCAUGUAAAAGCCCCAACACAUCUACGUGGUGGUACACUAGACUUGAUAGUGGCCUCCGAGGAUUUUCCAGCUCAUGACUGUUUAGUCCAUCCAAGUUUUCAACCGCCUCCGGCGUUGAACUUUGAUCAAGGCAAUGUUGAAGAGAGUUGGAAAGUAUGGAUACAGAGAUUUGAGCUAUUUCUUUUUGCUUCUCGAUCGGACCAGCUUCCAGAAAAGAUGCGGCACAAUUUAUCCUAUGAAACAAUGCCCAGCAUUUGGAAAACAAUGUUACAGAUGUUUAAAACAAAACCAUUUUGGUAG